AGUACCGUAAACUGUCUCGGAGUGACGCUGUUGAUCCGUGGGUGAGAUCAUCUCUAAGCAGAAAGCGCAGGAGUCAACUCCUUAUAAGCAUUCUGUCGUUCAUUCGAUUGGAAAUAGGAGGCCGUGAACAUCGGAGGCUUUAUAACGCUGUUUUUCUACAACAUCUCUGAGAUCGGUUUUUCCUAUUUACACAUGACAUCUUUUCACUAAAAGGGAUUACUCAUUUUUCUUGGGAUUCACGAUGGCUUUUCUGGCUCGAUCUGGAUUGCUAGUUGUCCUUUGUUUCCUCAAGAUCCGCUCGGUUACUGCUCAGGCUCGCUACUCCAUACCCGAGGAGCAAGCUGAGGGGUCUUUUGUCGGAAAUAUUGCAAGAGAUUUGGGUUUGGACGUUGGCCGACUGGUGUCAGGUAAAGCUCGAAUAAUUACUAAAGGAGGCCGAGAAUAUGUCGGGCUGCAACGAGACAAAGGAGCCCUCGUUAUCAAAGAGCGCAUAGAUCGAGAGGAACUGUGUGGGAAGACGACGCCCUGCAGCUUCAGCUUUGAGGUUAUUUUAGAAAAUCCUAUUCAGCUUUACCGCAUUACCGUGGAGGUAGUUGACGUAAAUGAUAACAGCCCAGCUUUCCCAAAAGACCAAAUCGUCCUAAAAAUGGUUGAAAAUGCCGCGACGGGUACUCGCUUUGCGCUCGAGAGCGCCGACGACCCUGAUGUCGGACUUAAUGACAUACAAAAAUACGUUCUCAGACCUUCAGAUAAUUUUAAACUGGAGGUAAAUACACAACAAGAUGGGGACAGAUUUAUAGAAAUGGUCUUACAAAACCCGCUAGACCGAGAAAAGCAGGAGACGCACACACUUCUGCUCGUUGCUUCAGAUGGCGGAGAGCCGCACAGAUCUGGCACUGCGCGUAUUCAUAUUACAGUGCUCGACGUAAACGAUAAUGCGCCUGUGUGCAGCCAAAAAGAGUAUAAAGCUGAAGUCAAGGAGAACUCUCCGGAAGGAGCAGUGAUAACCGCUGUUAGCGCUCGUGAUGACGACAAAGGAGCAAAUGCAGAAUUGUCGUUUUCUAUAGCGCACGGUGCCAGAGAGACUAAACAGCUCUUUCAGGUAAAUCCACAAACAGGGGAAAUAAAAGUUGCAGGCAAAAUAGACUUUGAAAAAUCUAAGUCAUAUCAACUAAACGUCCAGGCUAGUGACCACGGGGGUCUUACUGACACAUGUAAAGUUUUUAUUCAAAUAAUUGAUGAAAAUGACAAUAUUCCAACCAUACAGCUUAUGUCUUUUUCUAACUCAAUUUCAGAGGACGCUCCCCCAGGAACUACUAUAGCUGUUGUUAACGUGAAUGAUGAAGACUCAGAUAAUAACGGCGUCGUUAAAUGCAUAAUUGACUCAGAUGCACCUUUUAAGAUUGAGUCUUCAUUAACUGGAUAUUACACCAUAGUGACAGAUGACAUUUUAGACAGAGAGAAUAUUCCAGAAUAUAACAUCACUAUAAAAGUAACUGACCAAGGAUCUCCGCCUCUUUCAAGCAGUAAAAGCAUUAAUGUAAAAGUUUCUGACGUGAAUGACAGCCCGCCGAAAUUCGAUGAAAUGCAGUAUAGCAUUACUGUACCCGAAAACAACUCUCCUGGGUUUUCUGUGUUUGUGCUCAGUGCGAGUGAUGCAGACUGGGGCCAGAAUGCGCGAGUGUCUUACUUUCUGGAGGAAAAACAGAUAAAUGGCGCCGCUGUUUCAUCAUUAGUUUCAGUUGGUUCAGAUACAGGUGUCAUUAACAUACUUAAGUCACUUGAUUAUGAGCAGAUAAAAUGGUUUGAAUUUAAUGUCACCGCUCGUGAUGCUGGAUCCCCCCCUCUGAGUUCUGUGGCAACAAUUAAAAUCAUAAUCCAGGACCAGAACGAUAACCCGCCUCAGGUCCUGUAUCCAGUCCAGACUGCUGGCUCUGUGGUGGCUGAAAUGGUGCCUCGUUCAGCUGAUGUGGGCUACCUGGUGACUAAAGUGGUGGCUGUUGAUGUGGACUCUGGACAGAAUGCCUGGCUCUCCUAUAAACUGCAGAAAGCCACAGACAGGGCGCUGUUUGAAGUGGGCUCCCAGAAUGGAGAGAUCCGAACUGUCCGCCAAGUGACGGAGAAAGAUUUGCUCAAACAAAGACUGACUGUGAUCGUGGAGGACAACGGGCAGCCCUCUCGUUCAGCUACAGUCAUUGUUAACGUGGCGGUGGCGGACAGCUUCCCUGAAGUGCUGUCGGAGUUCAGCGACUUUCCACACGACAAGGACUACAAUGACAACCUGACUUUUUACUUAGUGCUGGCUCUGGCUGUGGUUUCUUUCCUCUUCAUCACGUGUUUAGUGGUCAUCCUCUCCGUCAAGAUCUACCGAUGGAGACAGUCUCGCAUCCUGUAUCACUCCAGCCUCCCUGUCAUUCCAUAUUAUCCUCCACGGUACUCAGACACUUUGGGCACAGGGACUCUGCCACACACGUACAAUUACGAGGUGUGCAGGACCACUGACUCCAGAAAGAGUGACUGUAAGUUCGGCCGAGCUGGGAGUCAGAACGUGCUGAUAAUGGACCCCAGUUCUACAGGAACCAUGCAGCGGAUGCAGAGUGAGAAGAGCAUCCUGGAUGAACCAGACUCUCCUCUAGAGGUCAGUUGUCUUUAGCUGCUCUUCAAUGUAUGUGUUUAUUUUUCUGAAUGAAAAUGCUGUAGUUUUCACUUUCAGUACCAUGGACAGCAAAAACAGUUGCACAUAUGUUCAUUUUUGAGAAACAUUGUAUACACAUCCCUUUAUUAACAUUUUAUACAUUAUAAUAUGGUGAAAAUAUUACAUAAAAUAAUCUUCAUGAUUAUUAUAUUUAUUUAAACUUUUUUUAAUCAUAGAUUUCG